AGAGUCCAUAAAACAGUGUAGACCUUGACCUGUAACUUCUCAGGCAUUGACCCUGACGUCAAUAAACAAUUUAAAGAGAACAUGAACAGGCUCAAGAAUACAAACAUUUCCACUUCACAGACACAGCUCAACGGAAGCUCUCUGGGAUCAUCACCAAAACUCCGAGUAAGAAUGAAGAAUCCUCUAGUCUUAUUAGCUGUACUUUUGCCUCUCUUUCCUGAAAGUACAGCCAUACAACUCUUAAUGAACAAUGCAUCUUAUGACAAUCGGUUUACCGCCCCCCUUAAUGAUUCGACAGUCCUGCGCUGUGAAGUUGUAAACAACACUAAUGAUGAGACCCUGAUCUGGUACCGUGGGACCCAGCAAGUGGACAUUCAAUCUGAAAACAGCGUGAACAUCAGUAAUGUGUGUAUCCCAGCGCUGACAAUUGAAGACAAUGGAGUGAGCUUUACCUGUCUAUUGAAGCGUGACACCACCAUUAAGCGGUCUGUGGAGCUGAGUGUUCUUUUUUCUCCUGUGCUAUCUGGAGAUACAUACAUCACUGUGGAAGAGGGUCAAACCAUCCACAUCACCUGUGGGUUCAAAGCCAACCCAGCAGCCGCAAUGUUUUGGAGACAAAAUGGCAGCAUGUUUACAUUACCUUCCCGCUACACGCAGGACAUGGCCAGUGACACUCUGAAGCUCACGAUUGAAAAAGCGGUUAAGACAGAUUCUGCCAAUUAUACAUGUGUAGCUUUAUUACCCAAUGGAGACGAGACCAUAAGAGUGUUUGAGCUCAUUGUUGGAGAUCGGAAGCCCACCCUUCCUGUGGAGGCAAUUGCAGCAGCAGUGGUGGUUGGAGCCCUCAUAAUAGCCUUUGGAUUGUUUGCACGGAGAGACAGUAUCAUGUGCAAGAAGAAAGAUCAACUUGACACAGCUAUGUAGGUAAACAUUCUGAGACUGCGGAGACGUAUUCUAACGUACAGCCUCAGACUGCUGGACUUUCAUAGAGAGAAGCCACUGAUUUCCAUAAGGACUCCAUGUCUACUUUCAUUAAUGCAACUUCUUCCUCAUAAGAAACUUUAUUCCAGUUACAUCUGUUUUGCACUUACCCUUUAAACUAGACCAGAUGAAGGACAUUGUAACCUUGCCACUGAUUUACUGGAAUUGUUUUACAAUCCUCCCUUUGGGGUUGAGGCACAAUGGGCAUUGAACUUACCAUUCGGUACAUUGCCAUUAAACUAAUUCACAGCAUGACUCAUUGAGAACAUUGCAAAACUGUCAAUUGGUGAUGUCACAUUGUGAACGGCAGCAUAAGUAAUUGUUCCAGAUUAAUUCCAUAAAAUACUUAAAGGCCAUCUGCGGCCGAAAACAACUUAUCCCCUGAUCGUGGGGGGUCCGAAUGCUGGGACCCCCACGCGAUCUCCUGCACGGGGCCACGGCUCUGCCUGGCUCUCCCGUGCAGGAGGCAUGUCGGCCGCAGCAUGACGUUGCGGCCAACAUGCCUCCUCCAUGUAGUUCUAUGAGAGAGACGAAGAGACACGAAAGCUGCCUCCCCGCCUCUCCCAUAGAACUGUAUGGGGAGGGGGUAUACCUUCGACCUCUCUAAUGCGGGGG